AUGCCUGCAGCUAUACGACGCCACGGCAGCAAUCCCUCGCGUCCUCAGCUGCGGCCACACAACCUGCGAAGUCUGCCUAAAGCUGCUCCCCCGCCCAUUUCCCAACACCAUCCGCUGCACCGUCUGCACCCUCCUCCUCAAAUUGCCCAAUUCCCUCUCUUCGCUCCCCAAGAAUCUCGACCUCCUCUACUCUCCUCCCUCCUCCAGCGCACCCGCCCCCUCGAGGAGAAGACACCAAUUCCGCCGGAUUUUAAAGGCGCAGAAUCGGUUUAUUCUCCAUCUGUUUUGAAGCCGUGGCCUUACGAGUUCUAUUGCAAAUGGGGGAGAUGGAUACUCCCAAAAGACUGUAUUUUGAUUGGUGGGAGGCCUCUGGAUGGAAAGGUUUUGUGGUGUUUUGAGAGUGAUCGUGUGGUGGGGUGUGUUUUUAGCGAGAAUGAUCAUGUGGGUCUGAUUAAAGUUGGGAUUUUUAUGGGGGGUGAGGAUGAUUCUGAGAUAAUCAAGCCAAGCUAUGAGUCGAGAAUUCUGACUUUUUUGUGGGGGAUGGGAGAAGAUGGAGGGAUAAAUUGGGGGUUGUUUUUAAAGCUUGUUUUAGAAAGGAAGGAUGAAGAGGAGAGGCUCAUUGCUGAUGAAAUUAGGUUUUGGGGAGUGGUUGGUGUAGAGAUAUGUGAGAUUUUGAUGCGCUUGCAUUUAGAGGGGCUAACUGUUGGUUACCUGAGUUUGAAUUGUCUCGGUUUCGAUGAUUUUGGUCGGGUGUUGUUGCAGUUAUUUGUGAAGGCGGGGUUUGAGUUGGAUUCGCGAAAUGUGUCUAAAGUCGGUCCUGUUUCAGAUGUUUGGUCACUUGCGUCUUUGCUGGUUUGCGUUCUUGUUGGAAGCUCUUUUGAGGAAGAAAUGGAGUCGUUCUUGCAUUCUGUGGUUAAUGCUGUUAAAGACGAAAAGGGUUGUGAUUAUGAUGGUUUGUACCUAGCCUGGAUGGGGAAAGUUUCUGCGUUAUUGAAGAGCAGACUGGGAUCGGAUUUUGCUUCGUUGCUGGAUGUUUUGUGCAGAUGUCUGGGGUUAGAACCUGGCCAUCGGCCUCUUGCAACUGAGCUAUGGAAAUGCUUGAGGGGGCUGGUUGUUAAACCUCAGUGUGAUAUUGGAUUCACCUUGAAAAAUGAGAACAAGAAUCAAGAAUCGGGUGGUUAUAUAGUACUAGGUGAUGUAUGCUGCAUGGUUGAUGGAACGGGCCAUGGCUCGAAGGGAGAAGAAGAGGCUGAGAGGGAUGAUGCGAGAUUGAGGGUUGAAGGAGAUGUAGUUGAUGGGAUCACUCGUGGUGAUUUCAAAUGUCUAGAAGUGAAAGGAACAGGACUACAUGGAAUCUACUACAGGAACGUGUCACAUGUGAAAUAACAAGGGCUGAUUUGAUGUAUAUUUUGGACUUAAACUAGGGUUACAAAAAAUGACUUUUGGAAU